UGCAAAAACAAUCUGGACUAUCUCAAAGUCUGAAAUAACAUGAACAUACGGUACUCCUUUUCCUCCUGCGGUCAAUACCAGCUAAGAAGGGAAUGGGGGGACGGGAGGGUUUCAUAAAUAACACAAAAUUUAUUUUCCCUAGUAUUACCAUACAACAAUAAUAGAGGUGAGUUUUAAAGUAGUGUGUAUAAUAUCUUCUAAUUACAUCAUACAACUUUGUGGACAAAGGUACAUGUUUUGCGGUAACCCUCUCACCCCCACCCCCCUCAUGUCAUUUGGUUGCGCCUGUCCUGACGGUUGGAAAGAGAGGGAAAAGCAGCAGCCACUUUGAACCAGACCCUUCUGAUAGCCUGUUCGAAACGGAUAGCCUCGAUAGAUGUAUAGAGAACCAAAACCAAACCAAGAUGCUGUCUGCCAGAUCCUUGACCUCGGAUUUCAGUCAAGAAAAGCCUUCAUUGAAAGUGAUGUCCUAAAAGAAGAUGAUAGACCUACAAAGAUUCUGGAGGCAUAUCCAUGUUUCAAGGAGCUUCAUCAUGUGAUGGAGGAGCUGCGGUGGAUCCAGGAUAUGGGAAACGGCAAAUUCAGAUGUCAAGUACAGGACAGAUGGGAAGACUUCUGCUCACUAGUGCAGUUUUACAGAGUUUGGAAAAAAGUGUUGAAGCCUCCCAUGAACUUAAGUGGAGUUGAACACAACGUUGCACUCUUCAGAGCACUCCCAACGCUUUUCCCAUCUCCAACUUCACCCCUUAAGAAACUGGCACAUGCUAGUGAAGCAUUGCUGCAUGUUCUAGAGCCAACAGAUGAUCCUGCCAAAUACCUGGAGAAGAGAUCUUUCUCCAGCCCGGUGUUGCUCUUUGAUGGGUCCUGCUGUCUCGUGGCAAGUGGAGAAACUCCCAUCACCACCUUUGCCAAAGAAGAUCUUGGCCAUAGGUUGUUUUAUCUGUUGGCUUACCACUACACCUUCCAUCUUACCCAUCCCAAGUUUGUGGCAACCCUACUUUGUCAGUCAGACAGAAAUAUUGAAGGACAAUAUUCACGAGCGGGACACCACAAGUUCAUAAAAAAAGUAUCGGCAGAGUGAAACGUUUUUACUGAGUGGUAGAGCUCUCACGGUGAGAAAUGAAUGCCUUGUUUGGUGAUGUUAACCAGAGACACUCUUUUUCUUAUUUCUCUUAACCUCAGAUUAUUUACUAGUAUGGCCUGCAUCAGCGUUCAUUAAGAUUUAGCUGUAAACCUAUGUUAAAUUUUAUGUUGAAAUGCUUCAAGCAGUUCUUUGUAUUUGUAGAAGCAGAAGUAUUCUAUGUUAACAGUGUAUUCAAAGCAAUUUUGAAAAAAGCAAUAUAAAUAAAUAUUGUUAAGUAUACUAAUCCUG